AUGAUUGAAUGCGGAAUGACUUCAAAAGUGUAUUGUGAAGACUCAGCAACCAUUGCUUGCCCAAACCAACUUGACUUGUUCUUAACGGAGCUCGCUGACACAAAAGCAAAUUUUCCAGACGGUGAAAACGCUCAAAUUAUCCAAGAAGAGCUGAACCAGAUCAUACAAGAUACGUUACUGGACCUUUCUGGUAAGUACUGUUUGUUUCACAACGCAGUUGUCCAACAGGGAGGCAGUAUGGUCGAGGGUACUAAGAUUGGACAAGCAGAUGAAUUUGACUACGUUUUUAUUUUACCUGCGUUACAAGAACAAUUGGUAUGGAAAAAUGGUAAAGCCUUUUGUGCGGAUGAUUAUGACAUUAACAUUCAAUCGACGAAGCUUAUUUUGAGCAUGAAAGAGCUCUGUUUUAUGGAAGACAUUCUUUGCCCUGAUUGGUGCGAUCAAGAGGAAAACGAACAAAGGAGGAGAGAUCAACUUAUUUUUAAAGAUGGCAAAAGUCCUUGGAGAGAUGAAAUCUCCGCCAUGGUGUCUGCGGCGAUUCAUCGAUCAUUGCUGUCACAGGUUAAGAAAUUCCCCCAGUGGCAACAUGUCGCCCGAUUGAAAUACCCAUCUGGCAGAACAUACCUCCAAAUCCUCAAGUUUACUGAUGCUGAUGGUUCAGAAAGGUUUGUGUCAGUUGACAUUUGUUUGGCCAUCCAGAUUUCCCAUAGUACGCCCAACUCUGAACCUCUGCAACUACUAUUUGAUUUCUGGUCGAUUAAUACGAUUUCGUGCUCACGAAGAUCAGAGUCCCCAUGGGAAUUAUCAAAGCUAAGCUCUCUUCCACUUGACUCGGUCGAAAAACGCUGCUAUCGUGUUUUGAAGUAUCUCAUUCAAACUUUCCUUGAAUCUCAACUGGACAUGUACACGAUGGAAUAUAAAGCAGUCAUUACAACCUACACGCUGAAGACCUUGUUCUUAAAAGUUUUGAUGGAAAGUGAGGAGAAAUGGAAGCUGCACCAACUUGGCCAAAAGACCCUAAAGAUCCUUCAUUUAAUCAGGCAAGAUUUGGAAACUUUGAAAAAUAAAAAAAAUAGUUCUGACCCACCGAUGGAGCACCCUCUACAAGUUUCUAUGAACUACUCUGUGCACCCGCGAUCUGCCGAACCAGCCCUGUUCCCUCGGUCGAAAUUGUUUAACUCUCGUAAAGCUUCGAGUGAACCGAUUUUCAAGCAACCGGAGGCUAUUGAAGAUCAGGUUUUUACCCUUAUUGAACUUCUUCUCAUGGUAAGAGAUACUGAUGAGGGAAGUCAGCACAUCUUGUCUCAAAUCAAAGCAAUUGAGAGUCUUAAAAUACUCCAAAAGGAUGGUACACACCAAGUCUCCGUGAUGGAGUUACUGGCAGACCGAGAGAAAGGUUCUAAAAGUGGCGUUUAUAACAAUUUUUUGUUGAUUUGGCAUAUUAUGGAAAGAGAGGAUUUCAAGACUUUCAUGCGAAUGAGUAAGUUUGGCAUUUCAGUUCAGCCUGAAGGAAAGCAAGAUGACUGUGUUGUGUUUCCGAAAACGUUCUCUAUCCUGAAGUAUCUAAACUGCUCUCUUUUCAAGAAAGACUCGGAAUCUGCUGGAAGCAACAGUGUUGAACUAAUGGAGAUGGAUGUGUUUGAUCAUGGCGAUUGGAAUCAAGUGGUUUGCUGGAAUGUCAAUGAGUCUGUAGACUUACGUUCAAUUGUAUCAGGAGAGUUCUGCUCCUUUUGUGCUGCACACAAAAAGUAA